AUGUACAGACUUGCAAGCUGGACUUGCAUUCUGAACGCUGCCAUAUCGCUCCUCGACCCUGAAUCAACAUGUGUCGCCGCACCUCAGGUAACAGCGGAAAUGAUCGUCCCCUCAAACGACAGCCUCUGGCGAGCACCGUCAGCCGAAGAAUGGGCCCGCAACAAGGAAUGGCAGGCGUACAAACCAGUCAAUCUCGUCGAAACUUCGAGACGAGUUUUCACUGGCGAGUAUCCCGCGGUAGCCAUGAGCUCAUUUGGACUUCUCACGUUGAUUGGGGCUCUCGUGGCGAACAUUUGUGCUAGAGAACGGUACUCUCCUGAAAUGGCCCCCAUCCUUGAUCGUGAGUAUUGUGCAAAGAUAGAGAGGAGCCUUCAAGCCUGGGAGACUCUAUGGCGCAGUCACCCUCACGCUGGAGGCUCGCAGAGCAUGAAGAGCGAUCCCAAGAUGACGGACUGUCUAUGUCUGCUAAACUCUGCGUACCACCAUCUUUACAUGGGCCAGGAGCUCCAGAUCCUGAAGAGAAUCGCGAAAGAACCUCGAUGUCAUCUGGCGGUCCCCAAUUUCCCCACUGAAAGGAAGGUUCUUGUUGUUAUCAAGUACGCUACGACUUCUUGGUUGGCGGAUACCGUAACAGGCAUCGCUCAUAGGCAGCGGAAGGCGGCAUUCGAAUUCGGUGGGCUUGGCCCAAUGGUAGCAUAUGAGACUGCGCUGAUUAUCUCGUGGUGGCUGAGUCUUCGGCAAAGUCUUACAUCACCACCUUCUGUCUCUGUCCUAGAGGGGGAGAGAGAAAGCUUGGAAGCCAUCGGCCACUUGUUUCAAGAUAUUUCGAAGGAACUAGAUGAGCAGUGCAUUACGUUCGAUGGAGACCUUUCGGAUCUACGUUCCCGAGCCCUGUUCCACUACCAAGUGUUGUUGGGGCAGUGGCCCUCGCAUCUUGACUGUCCCAGGGAGAAGAAGCCUGACGUUUCGCGUUAUGACGGCACGGCUCUCACGAAAAGCAAUGGGGUAGCAGCUCAAUUCGUGGAGUCGCAGAAAGACUAUGAUACACCUUGGACUGGGGAUUGGUCCGCCCGACUGGUUCCUGAGCAAAAGUACCAGGUUCAGUUCACGAGCAAUUUCGACGGAUCGAAAAACGGAAAUAAUGAACGAAUCAGCAUCUUUGCUUGUCUCUCCAUCCACCUGAGUUGCAACGGCUUCAGCUUGUCAGGGUGCACUAGGUGCUGUGUUGACAGAACAAGCUUAUUUUCGCAAGAGAAAUCAUCACUCUUCGUAUCGAGAAGGCUGAAUUGGGUGACAGAGAAGGCUAUCAUCUCGUGGGCUGUGCUUCUAGCUUUCAGGUUACUGAUUUCAGGUCAUGCCCAGCAUCAAGCUCCUGCCAGCAUAGUCCAAUUUAAGCAAAUAUCUUUUUCAUUCGCGAUGGCAUUCCCUGAGAAUGUUGGCAUCAAAGCCAUGGAAAUCUACGUCCCUGGACAGUGCUUGGACCAGUCUCUCUUUGAGCAGCACCAAGGCGUCUCAGCGGGUAAAUACACCAUUGGCUUGGGCCUCAAAUACAUGAACUUCUGCAACGACCGUGAGGACGCAUCUUCCAUGGCCCUCACUGCCAUAUCUUCGCUCAUGCGAAAGUACGACAUCAACCCCAACUCGAUUGGCCGCCUCGAAGUUGGCACCGAAUCCUUGGUUGAUAAAGCUAAGUCUGUCAAGACAGUGCUGACCCAGCUCUUCGAGCCUGCCGGGAACACCAGCCUGGAAGGUAUCGACACCAUUAACGCAUGCUACGGCGGCACGAGCGCCUUGUUCAACGCUGUCAACUGGGUCGAGUCCAGAUCAUGGGAUGGCCGAAACGCUAUCGUUGUUGCGUCAGACAUUGCCUUGUACAACGAGCCCGCCUCUCGUCCCACGGGCGGUGCCGGUUGUGUCGCCAUGCUCGUGGGCCCCAAUGCGCUGCUUUCGAUGGAGCCGGCGCUCAAGGGAACCUUCAUGACCCAUGCCUACGACUUUUACAAACCUGAUCUCAAAGCAGAGUUCCCUCUGGUUAAUGGACAUGAGUCGCUUCGGUCGUACAUGUCAGCACUGGACGGUUGCUAUCAACGUCUUCGUGAGAAGGUAGAAGCAGCUAACCAACGCACAAACGGACUUGGGCCGAAAACUGAUACUAACAACCUGCUGAACAUAUUCAACUACAUGGCAUUUCACACCCCCAACUGCAAGAUUGUGAGCAAGUCGUAUGGACGACUGUUGUACAACGACUUCCGACUGGAUAGUGACAAGAGCCGAUGGGAGGCGACGUUGACGGAAGAGCUCCGCGGGCUCAGCUACGAGGAAUCUUUGAAGAGCAAGGAACUUGAAAAGAUCUUUGUCACCCAGUCCAAGGAUCUCUUCAAAGCGAGAGUUGAGCCCUGCAUUGCCGCUCCCACUUUAUGCGGCAACAUGUACACAGCUAGUCUAUACUGCUCUCUCAUCAGCUUGAUCAGCCACAUCGAUCUCAGAGACAGUGUCGGGAAGACUAUCGGCAUGUUCAGUUAUGGCAGCGGUAUUGCCAGCACUCUCUAUGGGCUCAAGAUUACGGGAGAUCUCAGCGAGAUGGUCCAGAAGAUUGAUCUUAUGAAGCGUCUCGAGCAACGUGAAAUUUGUACGCCUGAGCAGUAUGAAGAGGCAUAUGGCGCCAAAGGCUAUGAGCCUGCUGGAAGUAUUGAAGUCAUGGCUCCUGGAACGUACUACCUGCAGAGAGUUGACGAUGCUUACCGCAGGUUCUACGCUGUGAAGCCGUGA